AUGCUUCCUCCUUCUGGGUCUUCAUCAUCACUGACUCCAACUCCAUCUUCAUUUAAUUUAUCGGAGAGUGGUGGUCAGGGAGCCGAUGAUGGUGAUGAUGGCAUGAUGAUGAAAACAACAUACGGAUCAACAUCUUUUUUUGAUUCUAAUCUAUUGAAUUUUCCAUCAUCCGAUAUGUAUCAUCAUCAAAACAAGAGAAUCAAAACAACAUCAACACUUGACGAUGAGUUUGAUUAUGGGGAUUUUCAGAUGGGCGCGACCACACAAAUGUACAAGCGAAGCGUUGUUUCUCCUUUUUUAAUUUAUUUGCUCAAAGGAAGUGGAAUUGUUUUAGAUUUUCCAGAUAGAGUACUCUUUGGAGAGUCUACUUCAAACAUGUCUUCAUCAACAGCCUUACCAUGUCCUACAGUCAACACUGGUCUUAUCGAAUAUUUAAAGCAUGAAGGACAAGUGGAUAUCAAACAACAUUUACCUGCGUUUCUUUCACUCUUUUUCCAAUCAAUCAAAGAACAACCAAAUCAUUUUUCUUCAAUUGCCACUUUUACAAAAGUUAAAUCCGUUGAUGAAAUGAUGACUGAAGGCAUAUCACAACAAAACGAUUCAAAGGACAUUUUCACUUUUGCAUUUAGAGACACAAAUUUUUAUGCUCCAGUACCUGCAAACAAUGUAACAUUUCAACCUAAUGAGGUAGAUAUUGUUUUGGACUUUCUGCAUGACUUGAUUACCCACGAAUAUAUGGGAACAAUGAGCAACACAGCUCAUUUUGUACUCACAGAAUUAUUAAGGAUCAUGUCAGAACUUCCCAAAUCUAUGAAGCUAGAUUAUGACGUUGAAAUUUGCAAAAGAUACCUCUCCUUUAUUAAUAAUAUUUUAAAGAGUAUUUGCACUUUCAGUAAUCGAUUUACAAGCCCUGUAUCAUCAUCUUCAAGCAGAGGAAAGAAUGAAGAAGUAAUUUUAGAGACACUAAUCACACUUUUCAGAGUUAUGGUCAUGUUCCUUAGUACCAACAAUAGAAGUUGUACUGGGCGUGACGAAGAGCUAAAAGUGAUUGUGAAUGACUUGAUUUUUAGAGUGGCUAGCAUGAUUCCUUUUUACAAGUUAAUGACUUUGGUAUAUUCGAUGACUUCCCAGUUCACAUCGACUCAAAUCCCUCUUUCCAUAAUUCAGGAUUUGAAGGUUAAAAAACAAAAAUUGGACAAGAUUUUAAGCUUUUCAUGUGAGAAUUCACAAGCAUUGAUAUUUCUUCAACACAUACCCGUUUACUAUCCAAAUGUGAAUACUUAUGUGAUUGAGGAGUUGAACAUGACAUUAACUUUAAAUUUGGCUCAACCAUUCCCAAACGCGGUUCCUCUGAAUGGAUCCUACGAGUUCAAAAAUUAUGCAGUGCUCUCUCACAACACAUUCAUCCAGACAGUUUUGAUUUAA